GGAGAGAGAGAGAGAGAGAGAGAGAGGAGAGGGUCAGCGGCCAGCAUUACUCAGAGAAGGUGAUCCAGCUGUCGGUGCUACAAGUUGAUUACAGACAGAUCGCCUUCUGCGAUCACAUCCACCAACAUGGGAGCCACAGCCAGCCACCUCGGGAAGGAUCUGCUGUCGGAGUACCAAGAGUUGACGUUUCUGACCAAGCAGGAGAUUCUUCUUGCCCAUAAGCGGUUCACUGAACUGCUGUCCAGAGAGGAUAAAAACCUUCCAGACCCCAGGGCUCCGACAGAGGCCAUCCUCACGCUGCCCGAACUCAAGUCCAACCCUUUCCGAGAGAGGAUAGUCCGUGUGUUCUCGACGUCGGAGUCAAGGGACGGUCUGACCUUUGAGGACUUCCUGGACCUUCUGAGUGCCUUCAGCGACUCGGCCACCCUGGAGAUCAAGUCCCACUACGCCUUCCGGAUCUUUGAUUUUGACGAUGACGGCACUCUGGACGAAAACGACCUGGAGAAGCUGGUGAACUGCCUCACCGGGGAGACAGACGAAACCCGGCUCACCCCGGACGAGAUGAAGCAGCUCAUUAGCAAUAUCCUGGAGGAGUCUGACAUCGACAAGGACGGCACGGUGAACCUCUCCGAGUUCCAGCAUGUUAUUUCCAGAUCGCCAGAUUUUGUCAGUUCUUUCAAGAUUGUGCUGUGAAGAUGUGAAAGAGCUUUGGAAACAGAUCUACUGUGUGAUUCUAAUUCUAUACUUGUUCCUUUUCGAUAAUGUUAGGCAGUUUUUAAACAUGCAAAUACUUAAUUUAUUUUUCUGUGAUUUUUUUACUGUACAAUGUUGUGCAAUGCAAAGAUCUUUUUUAUCGUACUAUUUUUAACCGUUACUUAUCAAACUAAUAAUAAACUUGUGUAUUAAAGUUCCCUAAACAAUGUGGAUGCGUCUAGUUUUACAUGAGAAAGCCGACUGAAUUAUAAAAGUAAACCUUGUAUUUAAUUGACAAACAGGAUAUUUUCAGCUGAUGCAAUUCUUGGAGGUCCAAAGUUCGAGGUCCAUUGUCUGUUAUCACCAAGGAGAAUCCACAGGUGUGUGAUUUUAACAAUGCGCCACUUCCUCCUUGGUUGCCAUGGCAAAAGUGUUCCAAGGCCCGCAGACAACAUCAACCACCCUGAAGCCCUCCUGCCUGAAGAAGUCCACGCAAUGAGGCUCGUCUGAGCUCGAUGCUGUCCCGUGACCUAGCUGGCCGUACUCGCCUGAAAACAGACGGAGAAACAGAAAAAAAACAAAAAACAUAGUACAAUGUAAAACUCAGCCUACAUCCAUUUAAAAAAUGUCGUCUAUUUUGAGAAUUGUUUUACUCUUACC